AUUUCUCUCAUUCAUUCAUGUCCACUGCUAUUGUUUCCAAACCAUCUUCACCAUCUAAAUGGUUCUCCAACAAGUCCCCCUUCAAACUAAGCCUCCCUCGUCUUCGUCAUUCCAAAUCAAACGUGUCAAGCCCUCGUUCGUCUUCUUCUCCAUUCACACCCAAAGGUAGAUCAUCAAGAAAAGACCAACUCCAAGAAGUGUUUCGUUACUUCGACACUGAUGGUGAUGGCAAAAUCUCUGGUUAUGAACUCAGAUCCUAUUUUGCGUCCAUUGGAGAGUACAUAUCGCACGAGCAGGCUCAAGGUGUGAUCAAUGAUCUUGACACAGAUGGUGACAAUUUAAUGGAUUUUGAUGAUUUUGUGAAGUUGAUCGAACGUGACAACGAUCAAGGUGGAGAUCAAGAAGAAGACCUCAGAAGUGCAUUUGAAAUGUUUGAAGUGGAGAAGGGGUGUGGGUGCAUUACUCCCAAGGGUUUACAGAAAAUGUUUAGUCGGCUUGGAGACAAAAGAUCUCAAGAAGAGUGUGAGGCUAUGAUUCAGAAAUUCGACCUCGAUGGUAAUGGUGUGCUUGAUUUCCAUGAAUUUAAUCAGAUGAUGGCUUAAUCUGUA